CAAUUGCAAGUCACCACAGCGUAGACCAUUCCCGGCAAUCAGUUAUUCCGCGAGUAUAGCUCCAUAUGAAGGGUGGUUGGAUUGUUGUCUCCCGUCGUGUAUUUAAAUAUUUUUGUAUCCGAUUCUGACCUUCCUAUUUCUGUCGUCUAUAUCUCCCCGUGAAGGUCGCCGCACGCAGAGGAUCCUUGUCUCUCGUGACACGGCGUUCGAUACCGUGAAAUGUUGCAAGUGUCCUACCGGCUCAUCACGCGUGGUCUCAAACACCCGAAUACCUUUCGAUACCGAAAUCAGUGUCUCAAGCUGCAAACGUCGGCCAAUCAAUUCAACGGAAUUGUUCAAUUGAGCGGUAAUUGCCGGCUAAAGGGUGUUGAACAACGAAACAAGCCACCAACGGGUGCAGUUCCAGCAAUUGAGACCCAUCGAUCGCGAAGUGGGCCAAUCGUGAUGAGUGCGAGAAAUGGCAGUAGCAAGCCGACGCUGGCUACCAUUCGAGUGUCCAGCUUGACGAAGAAUAUGCACUUUUACAGUGCGACUAAACGGAACUGGGACAAGGAUUCGAAGAGUUUGAGACUAAACGAACAGCUGGACAAACCACUGGUGCUCAUCCUAGCUUGGCUGCAAGCAACGGAAAAACAUCUUCGAAAAUUUGCCGAAUUUUACGUGGAGCAAGGUUUCGAGGUUCUAGUCGCGCACAUCAGCCCAUGGCAGCUGAUGUGGCCGGUACAUGGUACCCAGGCCGUAGCCUGUGAUAUAGUAAAGUUUCUCAAAAAUAACGACCUAGAACGUGGCGUGGUGCUCCACGGUUUCUCCGUCGGUGGUUACCUUUGGGGCGAAUGCUUAGUCAAAAUCCACGAGAACGAAAGCAACAAAGGCAUUUUCAACAAGAUCAAGGGUCAAAUCUGGGACAGUGCAGCAGAUAUAACGGAAAUCCCAGUCGGAGUCCCUCAUGCCGUUUUGCCGAAAAACCCUACCCUGCAAAAUGUUUUACGCGGCUAUAUAACCUACCACUUGAAGCUUUUCCACGAGGAGGCUACACAGUAUUACGAAAAAUGUACUAAGAUAUAUUUUUAUGAACCGGCAAUCUGCCCAGCUCUGCUUCUGAUCUCCAAAACGGAUCCCGUAGGAACGGAAGCUGCCAACAAGCGGCUUAUGGCUGCUUGGGAAUCCAUAGGCAUUAAGACAACGAUGAAGUGCUGGGAUCGUUCACCUCACGUAGGCCACUUCCACAAACACCGUGAAGAAUACAUCGAGCUACUGCUGGCUCAUCUCAGUUCCCUCAACAUUGCAGGCUAUUUUCCGAAGGCAAAACUGUAACCGGAAACCAUCAUUCCAUGACCUGUGAUAAGAAUCGAUAAACCUCUCUGAUGAACAUUAAUUUGGCAAAGCUCCGACCAAAAAUAAAUAAUUACUGUCUGUGUGUUUAAAUAUCUCGAAA